CCCCGCCCCUGUCAACGUCGCAGCAACGCUUCGGCCACCAGAGUACAGAUAAAGAGAAAUUUAUUCUUUUUGCGUGUGCGUACUGCACUUCGCAUCUUUCUCCUCUUUUCCUCUCUUUUCAGGACACUCCUUCGAGGUCAUCAGCCGGCUGCUGCAGGAGUUUCUUGGUAGCACCCUACGACCUUUUUGCUGUAUCCUUUGAGGCUGCUCGUCAACAAAAAUCCGAUCCUUCGAUAUAUUGGUUCUUUUGUUUUUUUUUGGUCACUACUGAAUCGACAAACGAGACUAUCCAGGCACGUCUGGCAACUUACUUCUCUUGGGCUGCAAGAACCAAAGCUAUUCAAUACCUACUUUUGUUCAGCAGAACCUCGGUUCUGUGGUACGGUGUUGGAUUGCAUCCGGUUUAGACUUGGGACGAACGGACCUUUCGCACGUUGUAGCACGGCAAGCUAUACGUGCCAAUAUACCUACUUCGUUAAGCCAUUUCCAAAUUUGGGGGGCGAAGUAGCAUUAAUCCGGGGUCCUUGGGAAAGUCUCGAAACAAUUGCUCUACUCUGUCACGGGCCACUCACUGAUCAGCUUCGAUCCCACCAUAACCUCGAACAACCUUCUGGUCCUGUUUCAUAUGCCGCCCACUGGUCCCUGACCUGACUGACCCGCUUCGAACACGUACCUGCAUACCCAUUGCAAACCUUUUUCGUCUUGCUAGACUACCUCUACAACAUCUUAUUUCUCUCUCUCUCUUUAUUUCCCCUCCCUCCCUCCCUUGUGCCGAGCCUGCACACCCCUAAUCAACGCUGAGCUUCACAUCUUCUUGACUGGUCGAUUCGUCGACAUCGCCAACGCCCAAUAUGUCAGCUGCUCAGUCCGCCGCCUCCAACAGGAUGAGCACUCCCGAGGCUUCCAACACGCACGCCGCCAGCAACCGAAUGAGCACCCCCGAGGCUUCCAAUGUUUCCUCUUUGCGUCCCCCGUCGUCCCGCGCCGUCGGCUCUGGCUCCCACCUCCGUGCAUCUGCCGAUGUCGCUGCAUUGACCGGCUCGGCCGCGCGCGGUGGCAACGCCCGCCCGUCCUCGGACUUUUAUCACGGCCAAGGAAACUCAGAGAUUGAUCCGCAAGACAAGCUUGCCCAGCAGUGGAUCGCUGAUAUUGAUCAGUAUGAGACUACCUUGGAAGAAAUGGCCGCCGCCACACUGGAUCAAGAUUUCAAGGACGAGCUUAGUGCCAUCGAGCAAUGGUUCAGGGUACUUAGCGAGGCCGAGCGGACUGCUGCGCUUUACGCAUUGCUGCAGCAGACGACUCAGGUCCAAAUCCGCUUCUUUAUUCAGGUCUUGCAACAGAUGGGAAAGAACCAUCCCAUGUCAGGAGUUCUGUCGCCCGCCAACUUUGAUAAGGAUCCAAUGUCUAACCGCCUUAGCGACGCCAUGAACAAGCUGAGCGUCGACUCUGCUCGCAACUCGAUUGCCCGGGGCCCCGUGUCCCAAGGUGCCAAACGCCAGUCCGGCCUUGACCCUUCGACCAUCAACAUGAUGUUCCCAGAUGCCGCCGCCGCCAUUGCGACUGAGAAGGCCAAGUUUACCCAACAGACAGGAAACCAGCCUCCAUCGAACCGAAACAGCACUGCUGUCGACAACCGCAACUCCCUGGUUGGUGCCCCCGAGGGUAAUGAUGCCAACGGCCAGCAUCCCGCCUCCCCUUGGGGCAGUGGCGAUGCAGCUCGGGCCAAACCCUCUCCGGGCCAGGCUCCCAUGGGCCAGUUUGCUGCACCUUCCAUUGGCGCUGGUUUGCGAUCUCCCCGUACCGGUCAGCUCGGUGGCAACGCACAGAUCCAGAACACAACUCUGAACGCUUCUGACAAGCCUGGCGGUGAGCUUGGAGUUGGGUCCCCCUUCGGUGGGCCUAGCGGCGGUAACUGGGCUUCUAUGGUCAACACGCCGAUGGCAGCGAACUUCCCGCAGCAACAAGGUGGCCAGGCAGACAUGCUCGCAAACGCCACCGCCAUGAAGUUGGCCGCCAUGUCUACGGUUAACAACCGCUUCGCCUUGGAUGACGUACGCAAGUACCGCCGGACCCGAUCUAAUGACAACUCGGCACAGAACCCUCUGUCGCCGGGUAUGAUCCCCUCGACCAACGUGGUUAUGGUCGACGAGCACGGCAGGGUCCUGAGCCGUGAUCAGCUCUUGACUAUGCAGGGUCAGCAGCAAAUGUCCUUCAACAAUCGCUCGCGCCCCAACUCUCCAGGGAUUGCCCUGCAGCAGGCCGCUGGCUUUGGAGGUAUGGCUUUCGCGUCUCCUCAGAGCAACAACUUCAUGCUUGGAAACGCCUUGAACCCCAUGAGCGGUGGUCUUGCCCCGGUCGGCAUGGGUCAAUUUGGUAUGGGUGGCUUGGCUCCGGAGGGCUACCUGUCUGACCACUCAGACAUGAACCGCGGACGUUCUCCCCGUGGUCGUAGGGGAACCUCGAAGCCUCCGGAAGACCCUACCGACCCUACUCUGCUCCAGGACAUUCCCGCUUGGCUUCGCAGUCUGCGUCUGCACAAGUACACCGACAACCUCAAGGACAUGCGCUGGGUCGAUCUUAUCGAGCUUGAUGAUAAGCAGCUCGAGGAACGGGGUGUAAACGCCCUGGGAGCUCGCCGCAAGAUGCUAAAGGUCUUCGAGCAAGUCAAGGAAGCCAAGACUGAGGGACGUCUAUCUACUUAAGUCUUCGAAAGCCACUUUCGACACUUGCAUAUCCCUUUUUACAGUAUACGCCCGAUAGACCAGCGCUUGACUUUUUAUCAUUCUUCAUUAUUCGGUGUUUUAUCUUCGACCUAAUAUUCCUGGCCUUGCAGACUUGGAAAGCUGUGGCGGGGUUUUUUUAAAUCCUCUUUAUUUUUUUUUCUUUCUUGGCCUUAUUCCUCUUCAUGGCGGUCCCUGGAGGGUCCGGCAUACGAACAUCUUACCGGCCCGGAGCUACAACUUUUUAUCAGUCUCGUUAUCAUAAGCGGCCCUGGACACUUGGCCGCUCGGGAUAUAUACGGAUAUAGGACCGGCGCAUAUGGACAUUACGAAAUUUGAAGCUGGAAUCGUUUCGUUGGCGGCAUGGGUAUGGUAAUAGUCGUGUAAAAGAACCUUUUAGCGUUUAUCUCUCUUUUUUUUCACCCGAUCGAUGGCUCAUAAGGGAAGCUGGGCGUGUUCUCUAUUUGAAACCAUUAUGGAGCAUUGGGAGGAGAAGCAAAAUCACGAACGAACCAUGAGCAAUGGAGGGGGAAGUGACGAGGAUAGAACUCGGAAAAUUUGAGCUGCGAUGGAGUAGGCACAAAGGCAUGGUUCCUACUGCGCGGAUAAAGAACUUGUCCGGGGAACGGCUCGCUUGCGAAAUAACACCUGCACAUACCUUGGCAAUCUCCCCCCUUGUAUUUCAAGUCAUUCAGAAGAGUUCAAUAUAGUUCCAAUCAACA